AUGAUGAACCGAAUUCUCUUCUCUCUCUCACUUGCACUACUAUUCCACUUCCAUUUCAGCACAACCCUAGCUCAGUCCCCUGCAGCGUCCCCGACAGUGCUCCCAGUACCUAGUCCAGCAUCCCCGGUGGUAGCAGCGUCCCCGGCACAUACUGGUCCCCUCACGCCAGGGCCCCCGGCACCGGCCGGUCACCCCAACAUCAUGAAAAUCCUCGAAAAGGAUGGCCGCUUUACGCUGUUUCUCCGGCUUCUGAAAAGUACCAGUGUGGGUUCCCAGAUCAAUGCCCAGCUCAAAGACUCAAACAAUGGCCUAACUGUAUUUGCACCAACCGAUGCCGCGUUUUCGAACCUUAAACAGGGCACUCUCAACUCUCUCACUGGUCAACAACAGAUCCAGCUAUUGCAGUUUCACAUAUUGCCUACCUUUCUCACACCAGCACAGUUUCAAACUGCCACCAACCCAUUGCGGACACAAGCUGGAGGCAGCGAUCCAGGUGAGUUCCCGCUUAACGUGACGACCAACGGCAACCUUGUGAACAUGUCCACCGGCGUUAUGAGCACUACAAUAUCUGGCUCAGUCUAUACUGCCAACCGUCUUGCCGUGUAUCAGGUAGACAAUGUGCUUCUUCCUUGGAGCAUUUUCGGUACUCCUGUACCAACAGCGGCACCGGCACCGGCACCGGAAAAAGCAAAACGAAAAGCAAAAGCAAAAGCAAAAGCACUGGCAUUGGCACCGGCACAGGCACAGGCACCGCUGAAGCCGGCCGAGAAGACGCCACCGGCCGCGAAAAGUCCUCCAACCUCCAGUACUGUUGAUAUCUCUGGUACAGUUAGCCUCACCACGCAUGGAGUAGUGGCGACUGUAGGAGUUGGUAUUGUUGCAUCAUUUCUUUUGCGACAAUAG